AUGAUUGACCCAAUCGAUAAAAUUAUUGAAGAAACAUUUGUUUAUAAAAUUGAUAUGCUUCAUAAUCUUUCUUUAUCAUCGAAUGCUUCAAUGAUUCGUUACGCUUUAGCAUAUAAAGACUUUAAUCCUAAUGAAAAAUAUCCUGAGGAAGAGAUAGAAUCAAGUUUUGAAUUAACGAAAAAGUAUUGGAAAUAUAAAAUUGAAUCAUAUAAGAAACAAGAUGAAAAAGCAGAAAGGGAUACUAAAAAUAAUGUUUCAAUGGAUGAUUUUCAAUACUAUCACGAUUUAAUCCUUUCAUCUAAAUGCAAAAUGUGUGGUAAAGCGUUUACAUAUGCAAAUAAACCAACAUUGGAUAGAAUCGAUAAUGAAAAACCACAUACCAAAGAAAAUUGUCAGUUAAUGUGUUGUUAUUGCAAUGUCGUAAAAUCAAAUAAAGAUGAAGAUGUUCAACGUUUAAGAAUCAAUUUAAGAAAUUAUGCAUUAAAAAAUAAUUUACCAAUGACUUUAGAUUCAGUUGAAGCUUAUCACAUUCUCCGUAAUGGAAUUACUGGUGGUUUAUCAAAUGUUCAACAUAGAGUAAAUCUUAAAGGAAUCACGCACAUUAAUAAACUUUCAUAUAGUCCAGAAACUAAAACUGUAUCAAAUGAGGACACCACCAACAUCAUGACUCAUUUCGUUGGUGUUGACUUUAAUUCAUUAUAUCCUUCAUCAUUUUCAUCUAAUCCUCAUGAUUUCAUUCAAUAUACUGACCAUAAAAUGUAUAUGCCGGGAAGAUUGAAUGGCGUUAUCAUUUGUGAUACAGCAACAAAGAAAGCAAAAGCACAGGGAAUUAUUAGAAAGAAAAAUACUUUAUUCGUUGCUGAAGUAAAGG